AUGGCUUCUUCAUCGAAAUCCAUAGGGACUUAUGACGUCUUCUUGAGUUUCAGAGGGGAGGUGCGUAACAAUUUCGUCAGCCAUCUUUACAGAGUGUUAGUCCAGAACGGAAUACACACUUUCCGAGAAAGUGAGGAGUUGAGAAAGGGAGAUAAUAUAUCAAUGCUUAUGGAGGCCAUCGAAGAAUCGUGCAUUGCAAUCAUCGUUUUCUCUAAAGAUUACGCUUCCUCAUGGUGGUGCUUGCAAGAGUUGGCCAAGAUUAUGGAGUGCAAGGAGCAAAAGGGCCUCACCGUUCUUCCAGUGUUUUAUAAAGUAGACCCAAACGAAGUUAGAAAGGGAAGAACGAGUUAUGCAGAAGGCCUGGCCAAGCUUUCUAAGCACGAAAAAAAUUUGAAGGAAAUGGAGAGAUGGAAGGAAGCUCUUCUCAAUGCCGGCAGCUUGUCCGGGUGGACUUUGAAUGAUGGAGAUGAUGAGUCAAAGCUUAUACAAAAAAUUGUGAAGGACAUCUCAACUCGCCUAUGCCAAACACCUUUAGAUGUUGCUGAGCAUCCGGUUGGGAUAGAGUCCCGAGUGGUUAAGCUGAAAUCAAUGUUAAACCUUACGUCUAAAUGUGAUGUUCUCAUGGUGGGAUUAUGGGGACAAGGAGGCAUAGGAAAGACAACAUUAGCAAAAGCCCUUUACAAUGCUACAUUUAGACAAUUUGAAGGUUCGAGUUUUCUAGCAGAUGUUCGAAAAAAUUCAAAAGGUACUAGGGUAUUAGCUGCUUUACAAGAAAUAUUACUAAAUGAUAUAUUAUUACCGGAAGAAAGAUUAGAAGUGCCCACCGUCGAUGGAGGUAUUAAUCAAAUACAACAUAGACUACGUCGAAAAAGAGUUCUUGUCAUCCUUGAUGAUGUGGACCACUUGAACCAGUUACGUGCUUUAGCAGGAAAAGCCAAUUGGUUUGGUGCUGGGAGUAGGAUCCUUGUUACGACAAGAGAUAGCCAUUUGUUGACUCCUAGGAUAGAUGAAGAUCAUGUGUAUGAAGUUGAAACACUGGAUAACAGUGAUGCUCAUGAGCUGCUUAGUAAGCAUGCUUUUCCUCUGCAUCACAAUUUAAAAAUCAGGGCAGAUCUAGUGGAUGGUGUUCCGGAUCAUGCUAAAGGCCUUCCUUUAGCACUUGAGGUGCUGGGUUCCUUCUUAUGUAAUAGAAGACAAGAUGAAUGGGAGAGUGUGCUAGGCAGCCUUUCUAGAAUUCCUAAGAAAGACAUCAAUGACGUUCUCAAAAUAAGUUAUGAUGGUCUAGAAGCAAAUGAGAAAGAGAUUUUUCUCCACAUUGCUUGCUUCUUUAAGGGGUGGGAAUUUUGUCACGUUAAGAAAGUUCUCGAGGGGUGCGAUCUUACUGCAGUGAUUGGAUUACAAAUUCUCAUUGAGAGGUCCUCGAUAAAAACCGAAUCCAAGUCCGGAAAGAUACAAAUGCAUGACUUGAUUCAAUUGAUGGGAAAGGAUAUCGUGAACCAAGAAUGCGAUGAUCCCUGGAGACGCAGCAGACUAUGGCUGUAUGAGGAUGUUCUUGAUGUUCUGUCACGCGACAUGGGAGAUUGUGAUGUAAAAGCCAUAGCGUUGGAGCCACCUAUGCCAUUAAAGAUUUCUAUCGGUCGUGAUGCUUUUACAAAACUGAGAAGGUUGAGAUUGCUCAUUUUGCGGAAUGUUUCUUUCCAAGGUCCUGUGUGUCUUUCAAAUUCGCUAAGAUGGUUUGAAUGGCCCGGUGCUCCCGGGAUUCCAGAAUUUUCCUCUGGUCCAAAUAAAUUACUGGGACUUGACAUGCGCGGAGGCACUAUGACAGUAAUGCCAAAACCAUUGGAGCAAAAUUGGCAUUUGCAAAAUUAA